CUAUUUCCUUCUUGUCGUGCCUCACAUAAGUUUAGUGAGGCACGACAUCAUCCAUUGUCCAUGACAGAUAUAUGAUAGUUCUCAACACUUCAGUCCGGACUCCGGAGACCUCUCAUUGCGUAGUAAGGGGACACAAAGGUGGAUUUCUAGACCUGCAACUCUCCUUACCACUUGAUAUCAUCCCUGAUUAAUAUUCAGCAUUUCGCCCGUUUGAGAGCGAUUUCAAUCGCACUUGUGACUUCGUGUUAACUUUGCUUGUUGGCAAGAACUUUGUGAGGUGAUAUCCAAUUAAAUUACGCCGAUGCUCUCCGAUCUCAAAGUCAAAAAGUACUCUUAAAGCGGAAGAUCUGCUGCUAAGGCGCGAGAAUCUGGGCUCGGUGCGUCUUGGUCCUUCUUGACUGGAUUUGACUGUGACAAUCAGUUUGGAAAUCUUAAAGAUCAUCAGAAAACUUUACUUCGAAUUCUGGACUUCAAAAUGCCAGAUCGGUCACUGCUGGCAACUUCGAUCAUAUCACUACCCAUAUCGUCGAUCAUCUCAUACGACAAUGAACUUACAACAAAAUCAAGAUAUCCGCUCAGCAUGUCCAGCCAAAUGCGAAUGGACAGAGGACCAAGAGGAAACUAUGGUUAAGAUGCUUGACAUCUCUCAGAGUAAUAUCGAUUGUCACAAUGGAUUUGUUAGAGCUAUCUGGAGGUCUAUUGCAAACGCUUUGAAGGGAUCUGAAGGCUCGAGUAAAGUCAAAACCGGUGAUAUGUGUAACUCACACUGGAAAUUGUUGUCUAGAAGAUACAAGGAUGCAAAGCAAUUGCAGAAGGAAAUCGGUGGCCGUUGGAAUGAGGAAUCGAGUAUGAUCGAGCUUUCAACGGAACGAUGGGAUGAAAUGGCCAGUAUCCCGAACGCCACCAACAAACGUCUGGGAUGGUUCCGAAGGGGGCAAUUCCCGCUCUACGAUGCUGUUGGAGCCGUCGUUGAUCGAGGAGUGGUAAAGAAUCGUGACGAGUUCAAUACCUUUCCUCAAUCGGAUCGCCACGAGACCACCGAUAUCGACCAGUUGGAAAGGUCAGCAAGUGAAGAAUCGCAUAGUCAGUCAUCAGAUGAACGUGAUCCGGAAUUACGACAUGCAAAGCUCGAAUCAGACUCAGCUCAUGCUUCUUCGACGAGGACGAGCACAAUGGCGAAGCUUCCAAUCUCAAGCAGUAAGUUGAUAAAUAAAAGAAAAUUCGUCAAAGAUAAAUCAGCUUCAAAUGAAGAUGUCCCAGGAAGAUCGAGUUCAACUGUCUCAACUAUAAGAUCAUCAGAGUCAGCAAAGAAGAAGCCUCGCGAGUCGAGUGCUGAACUCUUUAUCGAUUCCAUGGAAUCUAUGCAUGAUAGAUUCCUUGAUGAACUGCCUGUUGAUCUUACUGCAGCUCUAUCAGAAAGUAGGGUAGCAUCUUUAGAUUACUUGGUAAUGGCUGUUGACGUAUUACAAAAAAUGAAGAGUUUAGAUACCGGAUUAUUGUUCAAAGCAUUAGAUUUAUUCAAAGACGAACCUAUCUAUGCAACAAUGUUUGUUGCUUUGCGAAAAGAAGACUUGCAAAUCGAAUGGCUAAAGUAUAAACUUCAACGCGUUUGAAUUGAUCAAAAUCGAAAGAUCAUUUUUAAUCCAACGCAUCAAAAUUUUCAACAUGUACCUAGUCAGACGUUCCAUAUCUUCCACGAUUCACUCUAUAAUUUUAUCAUUAUGUAAAUGUAAAUACAAGUAUGUAUGGCAUGCGUAAAAACUUUUCAAACUUGGAUUUGAAACGAGAGGCUUAUCCUGGCUUAUCGCUUGGAACGUUGGGUUUAAC